CCAUGGGCCCCGGCCACAGGUUUUCACUAAAUCUGUUGGCAAUGUCUAUGAUCUUAUCUGCCUCAGUGGUCCGUGUUAGAGAUGGGCUUCCGCUAUCUGCCUCUACAGAUUAUGAGCAAAGCAUGGGAGUGCAGCAAUGUAGAAAAUAUUUUAAAACACUUUCGAAGAAGCUUGCUCAGCUUCCUGAUAGAUGUAUGCUGAAAGCUGGCCAGUAUAAUAUAAAUUUUAUUAGCUCUCUGGGAGUGAGCUACAUGAUGCUGUGCACUGAAAAUUACCCCAGUGUUCUGGCUUUCUGCUUCCUGGAUGAGCUUCAGAAAGAGUUCAUCACCACGUACAAUAUGAUGAGGACAAAUACUGCCAUCCGGCCAUACUGUUUCAUAGAGUUUGAUAAUUUUAUUCAAAGGACCAAGCAGAGAUAUAAUAACCCACGGUCUCUGUCGACAAAGAUAAAUCUUGCUGACAUGCAGACAGAAAUCAAGCUGAGACCACCUUAUCAAAUUUCCAUGUCUGAACUUGGUUCAACAAAUGGAUUUGCACACUUAUCAGCUGCAGAAUUUAAGGGUACUGGUAAGAUAUCUGCUGCUCCUCAUCAACGACUGGAAGCCGUUACUCUGCCAGGGAUUGUUUCAUUUAUACUGAGCCUGUUAUGUGGGGCUUUGAAUUUAAUUAGAGGGUUUCAUGCCAUAGAAAGUCUUCUGCAGAACGAGGGUGAAGAUUUUAGUUAUGUCAUUGCGUUUUUCCUUGGAACAGCAGCCUGCUUGUAUCAGUGUUAUUUAUUUUUAUACUGCACAGGCUGGCGGAACGUCAAAUCCUUCCUGACUUUUGGUUUAAUCUGCCUAUGUAACAUGUAUCUGUACGAACUGCGCAAUCUCUGGCAGCUCUUCUUCCACGUGACAGUGGGAGCAUUUUCAGCAUUACAAAUACGGCUAAGACAACCACAAGGGAAAUCCCCAGAUUACAAUGUCUGACCCAAGUCCUGGGACCUCCCAAGGCAGUCUUAGUCUACCCAUGGUUCCUCUCAGGAAUGAAAAGCUUUUCUCCAAAAGAAGCAGUUGUGGUUUGUUUUUUGUUGUUGUUGUUGUUUUUGUUGUUUUUUUUUUUAAGCUCAACACAAGAUGCCUGUGGACAUUUGUGACUUGAGAACUUAGACUUAUCCUCACUGAAGACACACACAAUACAGGAUUAGUGGAGAAAAAUGGGUCCUAUCCAUGCAGAGCAUUGUCCCUUGAGGACAAAUAAAAGUUUGGAGGACUUGACUGAUCGCAGGAAAAAGCCUCCUUCAAAAGUAUGAUAAUGGAAAAAGAUAUAUACAUACAGGGCAUGUUCUGCAUAUCAAGUGAGCGCUCCAAUUCCAAGAUCAGUUUUGCCUUUGUGAGGCAGUAGUAUAGGCUGAAUACAAAGAUGCUAUUGCAUAUUAGCAGACUAUAUUUGGAAUGAGAGAGUUACUAAAUGUGAGACUAUUGGAUUGCACAUUAAAUUUAAUGGAAUGGGUGUAUAUGUUUUCUUAAUUAAAGCCUAACCUGGAAACCAUCUGUUUAUGGGGAUUAGCUCCUUUGUCCCAGUGGCCUUCUACCUAGUGCUGAGUUAACUAUAAAUCUUGGUAAAUAGUUUUCUCUGUAUAAUUUGUUUUUAAUGAUCUUUUGAAAGUGACCUUUAUGGACAAGUUUUAUUUAAGUAAAUAACCUACAAUUCUGUCUCUUGGCUCUCUUUGCUCUCCUCCUCUGUUUGAACACUAGAAGUUCGAAAAGAAGUUGCCAGGUGGGUAAACAGACAUUGAUUUGCAACCUGUUUGAGCUAUUGCUUGUCUCUCUAUACAUUUUAAGAACUGGAUUAAUAGCCGAAAUCUAAUUUAGCAUAUAGGCAACUGGUGGUGAGUUUAUUUCCAUCAAUCAUAAACUGAGUUCAGUUAAAAAAAAAAACAAGGUUUUUGGAUCCAGGGAUUUUGUUGGUUUGGUAGAUUUACAUUUUACUGAAUUGGAGUUGAACCUCACUAAUUUGUAGUAGUGGCUGGGACAUCUAUGUAAAAUCAGAGUUUGUGAAUUAAUUAGCAGAUGAACAAUCAAGGCUAUUACAUUGCAUUCUGUUUCCUUUGACAAUCAUAUUUUGUGUUAUUUCCAGAGCUUUAUAGUACACUAUAGUUUUAAUAUAGUUUGCUCAAGUUGUGAGGUGUAGUAAUAUGGUAAUAUGGGGCAUAAUUAAAGCAUUCAGAAAAGUUUUAAUAGCAGGAAGGCUUCCACAUUGCUUGUGAGCGUUACUAGGCUUGGUGAUUAGUGAGGCUCUGCUUUACUAUGAAAUGUUACUCAUCAAAUCUUUGUAGGCGGUCCCCACCUAAAAUGUUCUCGUCAGUAAUUUAUUGGCAAUCAAGCUGAUAGCAGAGAAGUAAUACCUAGACUGGGAACAACUAUAAUUUUUUUUUAAAGGAAGUGACCUUACUCAAGGACAUCCAGGUGCCCAAGACCAAGAUAAUUUACAGAAUGGAAUCAGUCCUAAAUGAACAGCAGUGGGUUUUCUGAAUUUUCACUUAAAAAUGCAUCUGACUCGGCCUGCAACCUCAUCAACUGUUGUUUGAUUGUUUACUCUUAAUCUGAAAACUGCCAAGUCUGUAUUCAGAGAAUAAUGCACGGAAUGUUACAUAGUUCUGCAGGUUAUAUAUACACAACCCACCACACGCUGGUGUGGACAGACUUUUUUCCUAAUAUAUAUAAUUUACAAAAUAUAGAAUUUGGUAUAUCUGUUAGAUCUCCAUGUUUUCAAUAUUACAAAAUAAAAAAUACAAAAACAAGAAAGUUGGCGGGGGGGUUCCCCCGAAAGUGUCUGUCUCUUGUUUUCAUCUAGUCUUUCAUGUGUAAACUGAUAUAUAUAUAUACCAAAGAAGAGCACAGAAGACUUUCAUUUAAUAAAUAUGUUUGCAGAGCCAUGUUUCCUCAUCUUGAUCUUAGGUGUACCAAUCCUAUUCAGAAGAGUAGGCUGUUAGCCAUGUAAGAGAAAGGGGACAGUUUUAUAGGGCAAGCUGUCUUUUUCAACCUAAAAACAUUACUGAUGCUGUUCUGAAAGGCCUUUUGUGUAGAACAGUGGGGGUCACUUUUAAUUUUGAAAGCCUAUCAAACAGCUAAUAAAAGAAUAGGGGUACACUUGAAAGAGCUGACCGUAUGGAACAGAAAUAUUAUAGGAGUGCAAAUCCUUUCCUAAAUAAUGCUUUGUAGUGAAUCAUACAUUCCUUCAACCCAGUAAAAUUUUGUGUAGCUUCAAUAAAUAUUUAAAUAUCUUUA